AUGAAAGAUACGCCAGAAGCAAAAAAUGCAAAAUCAACCCCAUACUACAGGAAUCCGCAGUCGGCUGAGUUCUGCUCUUGGUUGGGAAUUUCAGAUUUAAAUAAGAUGCUUGUGGACAGGGAUCCAAACAGUGUGGAUAUUGCACAUUAUUUGGUCGAAAGCAGCGCUGAUGAAAGCGAAAUCCAAAUUGAUGAUGAAAUUUUCAACGAUGGCGAGGACUUCGUUCUUGACACGCAGCCAACACCAGAUGUACUUGAUGAUUUUGUGCCACCAAAGCUGACUCCAAAAACACCUAAAGAAAAUCAGCUUAAUCCAUUAGAUGACUUUAACCCGCCCAAACUCACUCCAAAAACACCCAAAGAUCCGACACCUGAUGUUUUAGACGAUUUUGUACCUCCUAAGAUCACACCAAAGACUAAAAUCGAUGAUAGUAGUGAUGAUUCGUUUGUUUUUAAGCGUCGUAAAGUUGAUAUUCCCGAUGAGGAAUGA